UCCUCCCUCCCUGUGUGUGUGUGUGUGUGUGUGUGUGUGUGUGUGUGUAAUACGGUGGAUCCUCUUUCAUUUAACAGCAAUAUCGCUUAUAAACCUCACUUCUCGAGACACUUUCCACAAACCGCUGAAAGCUCUUCAACUCUCAGGAUUACUUCUCCUUUCACUGUAACCUCAAGUAAAAGUUCCACUAUGAUUCGUCCUCAAUCCCUGCUCUUUUUAGUCUACCUCUCUGGACCACUGGUUUGCCACGCAUUUAAGAUUUGUGCCUUCAACGUUCAGAGUUUUGGAGGCUCAAAGGCAACAGAUGCAGCAGUUUUGCACACUGUAACACAGAUUGUGGCACGCUGUGAUGUGUGUUUGCUUCAAGAGGUCAGAGAUCAGAAGAAAACAGCCAUUCCACUUCUGAUUAAUAGACUCAAUGACUAUGAAAGGGUUCACCACUAUGACUACGUGUCCAGUGAACGUCUUGGCAGGACACCAACCUAUCAAGAGCAAUAUGUUUUUGUGUUCAGGGCUGACUCAGUCAGGCUAAUAGAUGUGUAUCAGUAUCCAGACACACAGAAAGGAGAUGAGGAUGCUUUUGCCAGGGAGCCUUUUAUCGUGCGCUUCCAAGCACCUAAAACAGUGAUUGGCGAGUUUGUUCUGAUCCCAAUGCACACCUCUCCUUCUAAUGCAACCAAAGAGAUCGAUGAACUCUAUGAUGUCUUUGAGGAUAUCACACGGAGGUGGAAGACAGAGGACAUAAUGUUCCUUGGUGACUUCAAUGCAGCGUGUGGAUAUGUGGCCAAGAAAAACAGGAAGAAGAUAAGGCUCUACUCUGACAAAUUCAGCUGGCUGAUCGAUGACAAGCAGGACACUACAGUAAGACAGACCACUGACUGUGCAUAUGACCGGAUAGUCGUGCACGGAGAUUCGUUUCUCAGAGCCAUAGUGCCAUUUUCUGCACAACCGUUUAAUUUUGCCAGCGCAUACCAAAUCAAGGAGGAAGAGGCUUUACGUGUGAGUGACCACUAUCCUAUAGAGGUGGAGCUGAAGAUCAAAUCAGGAAGUGAGCAGAGAAGCAUAAUCUUGUUCCAGAUAACCAUUGGCCUUCCUCUGCUACUCCAACUAAAAUGACAGUGGACAUUUUUUUCAGUCUGUCAGAUGACCAUAUGCACUGCUGCUAAUACUUAAAUAUCAUCUAAACCAAAGCUGUACCAGAAUGCACUGGGUUUCUUAGCAAUAACGUGAAACAUGUUUUCACAUUCUUUAAAACAAUGAGAUUGUAAAUAGUGAAUUAAGUUUUACAACCACUGAAAAACACAUCACAAUGUAAAGCAAAUGUUUUUAAUCUCAUCAUGAUAGAUUUGAACAGGACACAGCUAGUUGGAAGUACAUUGCCUCAUUAAUGGUAAUUAAUUAUGUGGGCUUUAUGGAUGUAAAAAGCGGCUUUAGCUGGCAAAAGAAAUGCUCGAGUCCUCCAAUAAACAAAGAUUCAAUGCUGACAUACAUUAUAUAGCCAAAAGUUUUGGGACACCCCUCCAAAUCAUUGAGUUCAGGUGUUGCUUUUCAGGGUUUGGGCUCGGCCCCUUAGUUCCAGUGAAAGGAACUCUUAAUGCUUCAGCUUCAUACCAAGACAUUUUGGACAAUUUCAUGCUCUUUGUGGGAACAGUUUGGGGAUGACCCCUUCCUGUUCCAACAUGACUGCACACCAGUGACCAAAGCAAGGUCCAUAAAGACAUGGAUGAGUGAGUUUGGUGUGGAGGAACUUGACUGGCCUGCACAGAGUCCUGACCUCAACCCCAUAGAACACCUUUGGGAUGAAUUAGAGCGGAGACUGUGAGCCAGACCUUCUCGUCCAACAUCAGUGCCUGACCUCACAAAUGCACUUCUAGAGGAAUGGUCAAAAAAAUUCCCAUAAACACACUCCUAAACCUUGUGGAAAGCCUUCCCAGAAGAGUUGAAGCUGUUCUAGCUGCAAAGGGCGGGACAACUCCAUAUUACAUUCAUGUGCAUGUAAAGGCAGACGUCCCAAAACUUUUAGCAAUAUAGUGUAUAACAUGGGGGCGAUUGUAUGCUGUAUUGCUUUGUUUUUAAUUAGCAUCCUUUUUGACAAAACAGAUUAUUUAGGUAAGGGAAAGCAAAGCCAAGCACUAGGAAAGAAAUGACAAUUUAUUGUUUUAGGACAGCAAUUUAUCUAGUAUUCUUUGGAGAGUGUUUUGAUGUUUGAGGUUAUUUAUUUUGAGGACACCCUGGAACAUGUGAGUCUCGUGUGAUAUACACCACCUAAAGUACCAAAAGCAUCCAGUUUUGUGUGAAGUUCAUCCAAGUGCUCAUCUACUCUCACUGUACAUUAGCUGUUUUUGGUGGGUGCAAAUAUAGUGUCUGAUAACCUUAAUGGUGUGUUUUAGUUGAUCUGUAUUCUGAUUAAAAGUUGAAGGCAAACUCUUCUUUCAUUUGUGCAC